CAAGUUCGAAAAGGCUUUGGGGAGAUAUCCAUUGGCAUUGCAUUGCAUAAACAGCCUACUCCUCCUAGUCCACUGGCUUGGUACCUAGGAAGGAUGGAGAGGCACCAUCUGUUUUUUUCUUGUUUUUUCUUCUUUAUAGAUACAUAUCAGAAAAGAAAAGGCGCCGAUGAUCAUAUCAGAAUCAUAUUAAAAUCUCAUCUGCAUGUAAAAGCGAGGUCUCCACCACUUACUUGCCUGCUGUCUCUCUCUAAUUACCUAUGCUUCUUGUCGCACUGUUAUCAGGGGUUAAACUCUCAUGCUACCUCGGACGUGUACAGAGCGGCAGAAAGGGAGAAUAUCACUGCCCCUAUUUCGAGACACGAAACCCAACGCGUGCCCUGCCCGAGCACGUAUUUCAGGCAUUAGUCUUGCCCUGCCUCGCGUAUACCUGCCUACAUAUCUCUUGCGUUGGUGCCUCUGCCUGGACCUACCUCCCAAGGAAGGUUACUAAUACCUUCCCAGCAUUCAUAUAUACCGUACCCGUUGACAUUAUUUUGAACAUCCAUUUCUACAUUACGUACAGCCGAGACCCGCAGAUCCGAAUCACACACAAGAUAGGUAGCACUUGUUUACGGCGAGUAGUCGGCAUUGAGAUGGAUGUAUAGAAGAUAAACUGGGAAUUUGUCCAGACCGGACGGCCCAUGGAUAACGCCAACGCCUCCGUAGUCAUUCAAGCCUGCAAUAUGCAACCGACUGGAAAGGCUACAAGUACCUAUUC